UCCUGUUUUUUUGUGGUACCUGGGUGGAGACCUGAAGAGAUGAGGAUCACUAGGGUAUUAGUUGUACUCCUCAUGGGUCUUGUGUCCAUUCAUGGUUUGGAAGAUGUGAUUAUCACCUGCAAUGAGUGGUGGCUGUGGGUGAAAUUUAGAUGGCGGCUUCUUGGGGAUGUCCGGGAACCCCGGCCUUCUGAACUGUACUUGGGAACUCGCUGUGCUGCAACAGGAAGAGGGACAGAUUACUUAGAAUAUUUUUAUCCUCUCUCUCACUGUGGGAUCAUCUCUGAAGUACGCAUAUGGGGCAUUCUCAUCGAAAGUUCAAUUGUUUAUGAACCGGAUAAUUCAGAUGCCUGGGGUUUCUUACCAAUAUCAUGCUUCAUUCAGAGAGCAUUUACGUUAACUUAUUGGAAAAAGACAGAAGACUAUGGUGCUCAUGAACCCAAAAACUCAACAGGAAAGCAAAGCUCAACUUCACUUCCAGUGGAAAACUCAGGGACCCACCUGGGACAGACAUUAAGGAAUAUCGUAGGAUCACACCCAUUUUAUGGCUCCUGACUGAGUAUGGAAAUUCACCUGUAAAUUCCAGACUAGAGGCAGACAGGCCAACCCUAGAGUGUGGCUCCUGGGGACGUCCUGUCUGUUGGAAAACAGGCUGAUGCCUGUGGACAUCAUUUUCACCUCUUUUAAAAUGAUCAUCUUAAAUAAAGAAUUUUAUCACAGUCUUUAUUUAUGAAUGUUUUGGUGCUGGGUGAGGAGAGCUUUUUCAGAGUUUAAACUUGUAAUGAAGGAAUUUUU